GGAAUAUUACAUCACCAUGGUGAAAUGGGUAAGCAACACCAAGGCUGUGGUGAGAUGGUUAAACAGACCCCAGAAUAUCUCCAUCCUUACCGUUUGUGAAACCACAACUGGGGCAUGCAGCAGGAAAUAUGAAAUGCAGUCAGACCUGUGGCUUCCUAAACAGAACGAAGAACCAGUUUUCUCCAAAGAUGGCAGUAAAUUCUUCAUGACUGUCCCAGUGAAGCAAGGAGGCCGGGGUGAAUUUCACCACAUAGCCAUGUUUAUUGUUCAGGCUAAAAGUGAACAAAUCAGUGUGAGACACCUGACAUCAGGAAACUGGGAAGUUAUCAAAAUCCUGGCAUAUGAUGAAAACACUCAAAAGAUUUAUUUCUUAAGCACUGAAGAAUCCCCAAGAGGAAGACAGCUACAUAGCGUAUCAACAGUGGGAUCACUGGAUCGUCAUUGUCUCUCAUGCAACUUCUUGAAAGACCACUGCACAUACUUCAGUGCAAAGUUUAGCCCCAUGAGUAGGCAUUUUUUACUGCACUGCAAAGGGCCAGGCAUUCCAGUUGUUAGUGUGCACAGUACAAGUAAUCCUGCAAAGUUUUAUAUUUUGGAAAAUAAUGCUGUGUUGAAAGAAGCUGUAUUUAAGAAAAAGAAUUCCAAGACUGAAAUUAAAAUACUUCACAUUGAGGAUUACGAACUCCCUUUACAGUUGUCACUGCCAAAAGAUUUCACGGACCGAAACCAGUAUGCCCUUCUGUUAAUAAUUGAUGAAGCUCCAGGCAGCCAGUUGGUUACAGAUAAGUUUCACAUUGACUGGGACUCAGUGCUUGUCAACUCUGAUAAUGUCAUCGUAGCUCGAUUUGAUGGCAGAGGGAGUGGAUUUCAAGGCCUUAAGAUUCUACAGGAGGUCCACCGAUGCUUAGGAUCAGUGGAAGUGAAGGACCAAAUAGCAGCCGUAGAAUCACUAGUGAAACAACCCUUCAUUGAUCCUAAGAGGCUGAGUAUAUUUGGAAAGGGAUACGGUGGCUACAUUACAUCAAUGAUCCUGAAAUCCAAUGAACGACUCUUCAAAUGUGGAGCUGUGGUGGCACCAAUUACAGACAUGAAGUUGUAUGCAUCAGCUUUUUCAGAAAGAUACCUUGGUAUUCCAUCAAGAGAGGAAAAUACCUAUCAGGCAUCCAGCGUAUUACACAAUCUUCAUGGUUUAAAGGAAGCGAACUUGCUAAUAGUUCAUGGGACAGCUGAUACUAAAGUCCACUUCCAACAUUCGGCAGAACUAAUUAAACAUCUAAUAAAAGCUGGAGUUAAUUACACUAUGCAGAUCUACCCGGAUGAAGGUCAUAACAUUGCUUCUGAGAAAAGCAAAUAUCACCUUUACAGCACAAUCCUUGGGUUUUUUAGUGCUUGUUUAAAGGAGGAGACACCAAUUUUACCACAGGAACCUGAAGAGGAUGAAUAAGGAGACCUAUUUGUGUAGUACUGAAGGGGACUUACUUUGCGGCUCAAUAAAACCUUAAAUAAAAGUGACUGUGAGAUUGCAGAUUCUGCAGAAGCUCAAGGGCAGCUAAAGGAUAUCACAGUGGAACAGCACAUUUACAGACAAUGAGCUAAUAAACUGGAAUUCGACUACAAAGUCCAAACUUAUUACCAAGGGACAAAACCUUUACCUUUGUGGAAGGUCAACAGUUGGUUACAGUUUCCUGGAAGAACUUAGUUUUGCAUAAGUGUAGAGUUAGUGCAUGUUUAUGUUAAGCCUCACUGUUGGUUCUGUAAGUGGUUGCUCGUUUUUUAAUUUAAAUGCACAUCUUUAUUCAUCUUUGCAUAAGGCACAACCUAUCAUAAGUAUUAUGGCCACUAAUGUUUUAAAAGGUGAGCUGCGAUCUAACACUUUAAUGUUACAAUAAGUGCAAUUCUUUCGCUAUUACACGUAAGAAACCACAGAGAUAAUAAAGGGCACGAUAUUUUUCUCUAGUUUCUGCUCAAAGGGGAUAUAUUGUCUAGUGCAUCAUAUAACACUGAUAUUGAAAAUGAUUUUUUCCCCCCAAUUUCAGCAUUUACUAUUAUUACUCUACCUACUAGUAACCAAUAAGGGACUUUUGAUAGUGUACUCUUGGUCUUUAUGUAUAUACCCAGGAUUCCCUAAGCAGAAGAUCUUUAUGAGCUUGAAGAAUUCUUUUCAAGACGUAAUUAACAGCUGUAUUUAAAAAAAUAUCUGCAAUUGAAAAAUUUCCCCAGUCCAAAAUGUAUCAUUGUUUCCUUUAAAAUAUGUUUGGGUUGUGUUCUGGUAUCAUUUAUAGUAGUUAAUAGUUUGCUGGUUACACUCUAAUUUUAGAAUAUGCUACUUUGUCACAUGUAAAUUAGAUACAUAAAUAUUAAAUUAUAGUUUCAGAUAAAGAAAAUUUAUUAACAAUG